UUUGUAGGCAGGCUUUUGUAUCUGAAGUCUUAACCAUAACAAUAAAAAGCAUUUUAUAUGUGUAAAAGGAAAAAAGAUCUUACAAUGGCUAUCAACAUGACCAUCACGAACGAAGAAGAUGCAUCGAGCAACUUUGGAUGCAAUAUCUGUCUUGAAUUGGCAAGAGAACCAAUCGUGACUCUAUGUGGUCAUUUGUUCUGUUGGCCUUGUCUCUACAAGUGGCUCCAUUACCAUUCUCAAUCUAAUCAUUGUCCUGUUUGUAAAGCUUUGGUUAAGGAAGAUAGUUUGGUUCCUUUGUAUGGAAUGGGUAAGCCAUCUUCUGACCCGAGAUCGAAACUCAAUUGUGGUGUUACUAUCCCUAAUCGACCAGCUGCAACUAGGAUUGAAACAGCUCGUCCUCGUCUUGGACAAAGACAUCAUGGGUCUAGUUUCUUUGGUGGGCAUUCAGGUUUUGCUGCGAUGCCAACUGCGACAAUGGCGUCGAUUUCAAACCUCGCCGCUUCUCUCUCUACACUUUCGUUCUCCUCCCAAGUUUCUCAGAGACCUAACACCAUUUCCUUUCCCCGCGCGAAUUCGGUGUUCGCAUUACCGGCGAAAUCCGCUCGCCGCGCUUCUCUCUCGAUUACCGCCACCGUAGCUGCUCCACCGGAGGAGGAAGAAAUAGUUGAGCUAAAGAAAUACGUCAAAUCAAGGCUUCCCGGAGGAUUUGCUGCUCAGAAGAUUAUUGGCACUGGAAGGCGCAAGUGCGCAAUUGCUAGAGUUGUGCUUCAGGAAGGCACUGGGAAGGUUAUCAUUAACUAUCGUGAUGCCAAGGAGUACCUUCAGGGAAAUCCACUAUGGCUUCAGUAUGUUAAAGUCCCAUUAGUGACUUUAGGGUAUGAGAACAGCUACGACAUAUUUGUGAAAGCCCAUGGAGGCGGUCUCUCAGGUCAAGCUCAAGCUAUUACCCUGGGUGUCGCACGUGCACUCCUCAAGGUAAGUGCAGACCACAGAUCGCCUUUGAAGAAGGAAGGUUUGCUCACUAGAGAUGCGAGAGUGGUUGAAAGAAAGAAGGCCGGGCUCAAGAAGGCGCGUAAAGCACCACAAUUCUCCAAGCGUUAAGAGGUUUUAUAUCAUUGGAUCAACUCUUCAAGUAGACUCCUCUGCCUCCAUUCUUUUUUUUAAAACUCUUCUGGUCUAUUAUGUGUGUUUUGUUCCAUGUUAAUGUUUAUGUGUAGAAGAACCAAUACAAUCUCUGUUCGUUUGAAUGGAACGCAAAGUUGCUAUGCUUUUGUAACAAAUGCACUUAUGAAUU